GCCUCUACCUGGCCACUCCCCUCCAGGGCAGCCAAGGGCACGUACCUUGCAGCCAGAGACCGUCCAGGCCCUUCUGGGCCCAGGAACUGUGCAGACAGAAGCUGUGCAGCCUGUCACCACCCUGGACUGGCUGCUGGCUGUUGGGACAUCCACCACCCCCAUCCCCUUAAUCCUUCGGCCUGGAUGCCUGUGCCAAAAGGGGCUGUCCCACCCCCUGAGCUGAGGGGCUGCCAGCACCAAUGGUUGCUGCCCUGGCUGCUCCUCAAGUGUCCUCGCCCCUGGCAACCCCUUGAGGGUCUCAGCCUGACUCCAAUGCUUCAGGUGAUGGGCUGCUAUUGGCCAGUCACAGGGGCCAAAGAGGUGCAGCGCAUGUUGGGUCCAGAGAUUGCGAACCGUCCAGCCUUGCCGCAAGCCGAGGGCUCUUUCCCAAGGCCACUUGCAUCCUGUAGAGCAGAACUGUAGAGUUGUGCAAAGGAUGCAGCAGCCACAGAAGUUGUGAAAGAUGGCCGGCCAUUUCCAGCUGCUCUCACCAGUCAGGUCUACCAGCCUGCCAACAUCCACCCUGCUGCUUCUGGGCUUGUCCACCUGUCAGGCAAAUGGGCAUCAUGUGAGACCAUAGUUUACUCUGGAUACCACAACUGAGUUACUGUAAUCCAAGGACAACCCACCAUGACUGAGUUCACAUGAGACACCAAGCACAAAGCUACAUCGUGUGAAUACAAAGGGUCGGUCUGGUUGGACGUCUCUAAGCAGGCUCUGCUAAGCUGCCAAGGGUUACCUGGAUUCCCUUGGGUACAGCUCUUUGGAACUGGGGGCAACCAUCUUGGUCCCCAAACUCACCAUCACUGCUUUGGAUGAGGAUCCUUAUCCCUGCAUGGGAAGAGCAAGCAGGAGGCUUUCUCCCUCCUAUCCCCAAUUCACACCCUACUUCUGCCUCCACUAACCCCAAGGACAGGCCCACAGGAUAGUCUCCCCUUUGUCUUCCAAGACUGCUGUUCAAGUGGCUUGCAAUCCCACCCCAGUCGGCUUCUUGCAUGGCACGCUCAGCAAUUCUCCAGCUCAGUAUGUUUUCCACAUUCCAGUCUAAAACUGGAAGAACAUUUCAACCCAAUUUUAAAAUCUUAACUGACAGUUUGUUCUAUAAUUGAGAAGUCACUGGGCAAGCCCAGGAUGGAUUCAGGCCUUUGGGCAAGGGGCAGCUGAAAUCCAACUGGUAAAAGUUCUUGGCAAAUCUGUAUGCUUAGCAAGUUCAACCUGUUGACCAUCCAAGAGUUGAGCAAUGGCUGUGUGGGAAGGGAGGAAGAGCAAGUCCUGCGCAACAGCUUCUGCGGCUUUGAUGAGCCAAGAGCUGCUGGGGCUUCCCAGGGUGGAGUCAGCAACACUCAGAGCAUCCUCUCCACCCCCACCAGGGCAGGGUCCUUGCAUCACUGCAGCCAGUGGCAGGUUGUGUGGGGACGGAGGCAUCUCUCUUCUCCCUUUAAUACCUGGCGCAGUUUCAAACUGAGGGAGAAGCCAGAUACGCCAGGGCUCAGAGGGAGUCUAGAGGCUCUGCCAAGCCACCUUUGGACUCAAUUCAAGGCAGCAGCAUGAAACUAGAAGCUGUCCUCCCUGGGCUGGCCUGGAUGCUUCAUGCAGCAGCAGCCCUGCAAAUCUCUGCCUUCAACAUCCGGAGUUUUGGAGACAGCAAACUGUCAGACCAGAGCGUUUCCAAAAUUAUUGUGAAGAUCCUUUCCCGGUACGACCUUGUCCUAGUGCAAGAGGUGAGGGAUGCUGAUCUCAGUGCAGUCCAGGAACUGCUGGAGCGACUCAACAGGGCCUCCAAGCACUCUUACAACUACGUGACCAGCAAGUCCUUGGGCCGGGAGAACUACAAAGAGAUGUAUCUCUUCCUGUACAGCUUCCCUUCCAGGACACAGAGCUUCUCGCUUGUGGACCAGUACCAGUACCCUAACCCCGACAGUACCUUCAGCAGGCCUCCGUUUAUCGUGAAGUUCGCUGCUUCUGGCUCAAAGAAUGAGCUGGUGCUGGUGCCCCUUCAUACUCCCCCAAAUGAGGCUGUGGCAGAAAUCGAUGCCCUCUACGACGUCUAUCUGAAGAUCAUUGACAAGUGGCAGACUGACAACAUCAUGUUCCUGGGAGAUUUCAAUGCCGAUUGCAGCUAUGUGGGGAAGAAAGACUGGAGCUCCGUCCGUCUGCGCACCAGCGAGGUUUUCCAUUGGCUCAUCUCAGAUGACGUGGACACCACCGUGGGUAACUCCGACUGUGCCUACGACAGGAUUGUUGUGAGCGGCUCAAAACUAAGGAAGUGGAUCGUGCCCAAGUCCGCCAAAGUUUUUGACUUCCAGAGGGCAUUCAAGCUGAGCCAAGAGGAGGCUCUGGCUGUUAGUGAUCAUUUCCCCGUGGAAGUGAAGCUGACAUCCCCCUGAAGCUCUCUGUUGCCAGGCUGCUUGGCCUUACAGGGUGGGAAGAGAGGGGAUACAGGGCUUCUUGCCACAGCCCCCACCACUCUACAGGCACCAGCACCACACAUCCUGCCUUGCAAGUCACCUCUGGAUUUCCAGUGACUUGGAUUCCCACUGGGCCUUGUGUUGACUAGGACCUGGGAUCCUGAAGGAACGGCUUCUUCAAAGUUUCUGAGCUGGAAAUGUGCUUGGACAGCUUAUACAACUGCUCAAGCCUGAGUGGCAGCUACUUCAUCCAACAAGAGUCCAUCUUUCCAACCCUUUUUCUGCUGGAUCUCCCCCGCCUCCCUGUCCUUUCCUUGCCUCUGGCUUAGCAGAGGACACUGGAAAGGCUAGGAUGCCUGCUUCCUGGGCCAGGUCUCCCUCCAGCCAACUGGACAGGCCUUGUCCAAACGGGGAAGGCUGCGGUGUGGUCUUGUAACAGGCUGGAGAUAUACAGCACAAAUCCUUAGUUGGCUACAAAAGUAUUUUGAGAACUCCAAGACCAUAACCCUCAACUUAACCUACCUCAUGUAAUGAUGGGUUGUGCAACUAUACCUACAGCUUUUGGACAAACAGCGUGAUAAAAAAAAUAAUAACUCAGCAAAAGAGUCGAGUUCCAUUUUUUAACAGGCAAAGCCGUCCAUUCAGAACACAAACCCAAAGGAAUUUCUGCUCAGGGUGGGGAGUAUAGGACAGUCACCUGAUAAGGUUUAAAAGCCAUUCAAGCUACUUGGGGAAGGCAAACUCUGUCCCCCCCAACCCCCGUCCAAAUAAAGCAGUUUGAGCAGCUCUUGAGAACAUGCAGGUCACCCCCAAAGGAGAAACUGCUUUAGAGAAUCAAUGCCUAGAUCUGGAUUCCCCACAGACUGGAAAAAAAGAGACCAGUCAAAUAGAAAAUCACACGCAUAAAAAACUAGAGAGUUUCUCGCAAUGACCAUCCACACCAUUUUACUCACACAACCAGACAUCUCAAUGGGUGCCCUGCUCCCCCAACCCAGCCACCCCAGGAGCACCUCACAGCAGCUCCAAUCCUCUGAAGCAGUAAGGCUUCUGUAGCAGAGUGGGAGGCCACCAGUGUGCAAAGGGCCAAGCUAGAGAAGGUGGCCCAGAGGCAGCCAAGUGCAGCUGGUGGGGUGGCCAGAGCAGCCAUGGUAGCCUUGCUUGCCUGGCAAAGAUGGUUUAAAGCAGUGGUCACCAACCGGUGGGUCCGCAAGAGAAUUUGGGUGGUCCGCAGCACACCCGGGUGGAGGAGCUGCUCCGGGAUGAGCAAUGGCCAGUCCUGUGACUAGAGCUCUGGAAUAUGGGACUGGCCAGGCAGCUCAUGGUGGGGCUGUAAAUCUCCGCCGUUGACGGAGGUUCAUGCAACUUUGUAGCGCUGCCCUCGCCAGCCAGAAUGAGGUAAUAGUUCAAGGGUGUGGUGGUGCAGGCGGGCCAAAGCAACUGGUGGUGGGAACCCCGGGCUGUUUCUUCUCCCUGCUGUAGCUUCCUGUAGCUAAAUCCAUCAGUGGCUGUCCCCGUCCCUCGCCCUCCCUUCACACUCACUCCUUGCCUGGCAAGGGAAGGCCGGCGAUGGAGAUUCGCUCCAUAUUCCAGAGCAGGAGCGAAGCUUCAUCUCUUGCUGGAUCUUGCAGGCGUUUCUUCCGGCCUUUGUUGGUGCUCCCUGCAUCUCGGUCUCUGAGAGAGAUGCUUGACUUCCUCUUAGCCCCAAGACACUGGCUAGCCCAUGAGAUGAGAGAGAGAGAGAGAAUGAAAGAGAGAGAAAGAAAGGGAGAUAGAGAUGAGAGAGAAAGAGGGGGAAGAGAUACGAGACGGGGGGGGGGGGGUAGAGAGAGAAAGAGAAAGAUAUAGAAUCAGAGAAUGAGAGAAAAAGAGACAGAAUGAAAGAGAGAAUCAGAGAGAGAGCAUGAGAGAUACUCAGAAUGAGAGAGAGAGAGAAAGAGACAGAAUGAAAGAGAAUGAGGGAGACAAAUGAGAAUGAGAGAGAAUGAGAGAAAGACAGAGAAUGAGAGAUUGA